AGGUAUUUGACUGACAUGUUCCCGGACGACGAGGAGACAACUGUCCAAGGAUGCAAGAAAAUUUGGCAAGGCCUCCGGACCCAAUACAGAGACAGGAUGAGGGAUUUCAAGGGAAGCCUCAAGAGUGGAAUGGGUGCCGAUGAAGUUGCUCCUCCAAAGUGGAGUUACUUUAAACAACUUGCCUUUCUACAGGGUGCUAUGGCCAAUGUCGAAACAAUCAGCCCUUUGCCCAAUGACCCUGAUCCCCUCAAAACAGCCAUUGCAAAUGAUCCCAAUCAUGAUCAAAAUGAUCUGGCUACCACUCUCCCUGCGUUGGAUGAAGAGGAUGAUAACGAGAACAGUUUAGAAAUGCCAUCAAACGAUGUACUGAUUCCGGAGACUUCUAGUAUUCAAUCAAACAAAUGCAAUCAUCUCAUUUCGCCUCCUGUACACUCCAGCAAUAUCACUCCGCCCUCUACUAUGCGAAUUGGAUCACCUAUUGCAUUUCAAAAAAUGCAUGUAAAUCCUUUCAGUCCACCUCCAAAUAUUGGAUGGCAUCCAAAGGCACAAGGAAAAAGGAAGAUGAUGCCAGUGAAGCCAUCGGACCCUAGGGGCAAUGAGGUUUUUCAAGCCACCAUGACCUUGUUGGGUAAAGAAGACGACGAUGAGGCUAAAUUCACGACGUAUUUGGCAUCUCUGCUUCGAAAGCUGUCAAAAGAUGAUGGAAAAUCUACCCAAAUAUCGAUCUUAAACAUUGUGUUUGAAAGGGUGCCUUGA